UCCAGGAUGGCACCUCAUCGUUCAUCUCAUCCCUGACCAAAUCCUUUCCCAGCACAGUGCAGCACCAACUGAUAGAACAACAGCAUGUCUCUCCACAGCCUCUGUGUACAAGCCGUCCUUCUCAUAAGCAUCCUGUCUCUCUGCUCACCCUCAGGUGGUUCAUCUGGGAGUAGACUACAGAGGAUCCUAAUGAAACAAUAUGCAAAGGAGCUGGAGGCCAAGCCUAAAGGACAGAUCGCAGUGUCGCAGUCCAAGGCUAAAGAGUUUCUGUCAGUUUUUCACAGGUCUAAGAGAAAUGUGUGGGACCGGAGCCGUCCUGAUGUCCAGCAGUGGAUCCAGCAGUUCAUGUACUUGGGCUACGAUGAGGCAAGACUUGAGACUGAUCUCUCCUAUUGGAUGGACCAGGCCAGAUCAAAUGACCAGGGCCGGCAGCAUCAUCAUGAUGAGAAUGCACCUAUGAGCCAACAGGACCCCAGUUCCUACAGACACGGGGCCAAUGUCAAUUAUGAUUACUAUUAAGAUACCUAGAACCUACAAUUCACUGUGAGAGCUGGAGACUACUGGUGAUUUUGUAAAUCACUCUGAUGCUCUAAGGCACUGUACAUAGUAGUAACCUAGUAUGCUACUGUAUGUCCUGUAGAUGAUGUCAUUUUAUUUUUUUAUUAAGUGAGUAUGAUUUUGCAAUUGCUUUAGGGGAAGCAAAUCAAUAUAGAGAGAGAAAUGGAUGCACAGUGAAUAAUAAUAAUAAUAAUAAAUGUCCUGUUUGUAUUCUAUUAUUGUAUUAUACCCUGACUGUUUUGUAAAUAUAAUGGUAGUUUGAAGCAGCUACAUUUUAAAUAAAGUCUAAAAUGGCA